CAACUUUACAUUAGAAAUUAUAGUAUAACAACAAAAGAGGCAUAUGGCGGAUUUUCAAGAACAAUUGCGGCAAUAUCGACAGCAAAAGCAAAGAAGAGAAACAUUGGACAUCAUCAAAAUAAGACUUCGAAAAUUUUGGAUGCUCGGCACAGGUGCAGAAACCAGUCAGGGAAAAUGCUACACUACCAUCGACGUCAAGCCAGCCAAAGAGUCGAGUUCCGAUGCUUUUGCCACCAGUGAACCGGGUGAGGAUUUCGAGUAUGUGGCCUCCAGCGAAGAUGACGAACUAAUGCCACAAGUUACAGUGAAUGCUGACGUGCGAGAGGAGAGCAAGUGCUUCAAGUACACACUUUGGGGUGUAUAUUUCCUGUUCUGGGUAACAUUAUAUGUGAUAGCAAUUGAACUCAAAUUUGGGCUAGUCUUUUUAAUGUUUUCCGCACUGUUUUUCAUAUACUUCAAUACCCGAACUGGGCCAAAGAAGUCCAAUGAAUUGAGUGCCUACAGUGUAUUUAACAAGAACUGCGAAAGUAUAGAUGGUACGCUCAAGGCGGAGCAAUUUGAAAAUGAAAUUCGAUAUGGUUCUGCAAGUGUAAGAUGAGAAAAAUGUAAUAAGUUAAUCAAGUGCUUCCAAUCUCUGACUGUCUCUUUAUGUUUUACUAAUAAAGAUUAUUUAACACAACAAAUUCAACAAGAG